GCGAGCGGAGCGGGAGCGAACUGGGAGCGAACUGGGAGCUCUGCCCCUUCCAUGCUGCGCAGGGAGGCGGCUGCGGGAGGCGAGGGAAGGCAAGGGAAGGGUUACCCGGCACUGCUGCCUGUUCGGCAGGAGCAGCUCGGCAGGAUGAGCGGCAGGAGCUGGUGCAGAUAAGCGGCGAGCCGGGGAUGUGAGCGCGGGGCUCGCCGAUGCUCGCCGGCCCCCCGAGCCCCCCGGCUCGCCCGCAGCCCCUCGCCUCUGCCCGGCUCCCAUGACCAUCGGCAGCAGCAUGAGCAGCGGCUACUGCAGCUUGGAUGAAGACCUCGAGGACUGCUUUUUCACGGCCAAAACCUCCUUCUUCCGCAGCGCGCAGAGCAAGGUCCCUGCCAAGAAUGUGACACAAACGGUAGAAGAAGAAAAACCCGAGCCUCCGACUGUCCAGGAGAUCAAACAGAAGAUUGAGAAGUACAAUGCAAAGGUCACCAACUGCCUGCUGAUGAAACUGAACGAGGAUGGGACAUACACGGGGUUCAUCAAGGUGCACCUGAAGCUGCGGCGCCCCGUGACGGUGCCGGCCGGGAUCCGGCCCCAGUCCAUCUACGAUGCCCUCAAGGAGGUGAACCUGGCGGAGAUGACGGACAAGAGGACCUCCUUCUACCUGCCCCUGGAUGCCAUCAAGCAGCUGCACAUCAGCAGCACCACCACGGUGAGCGAGGUGAUCCAGGGGCUGCUGAAGAAGUUCAUGGUGGUGGAUAACCCCCAGAAGUUUGCACUUUUCAAGGAGAUGAGGAAAGAUGGGCAAGUGCUCUUCCAGAAGCUUCCUCUCACCGAGUACCCCCUGUACCUGCGGCUGCUGGCGGGCCCUGACACGGAUGUGCUGAGCUUUGUGCUGAAGGAAAACGAAACGGGGGAAGUCGAGUGGGACGCGUUCUCCAUCCCAGAGCUGCAGAACUUCCUGAUGAUCCUGGACAAAGAGGAGAAGGACAAAAUCCAGCAAGUGCACAGGAAGUACGAGAGGUUCAAACAGAGGCUUCAACAGACCCUGAAAGAAGCCAGAGGCAAACCUGGAUAACCCUCAGGAUGCACUGGGCAUCAGACUAAGCUAGAGACUGUUUUUAAAUGAAAAGACUUCUCAGGACACCUUAGUAAUCAUUCUCCCUCUUCAACCUUCCGUGAGGACUGGCUCCCAGCACCCCUAAAAUGAUCCUAUUGCAUUUUCUUCUUCUGAAACCUCUUCUCCCAGGACCAGAGCCUGGCCAAGAACGGGAAGCCUGAUUUUAAAACAGCUUCAACAAAGCAAACACAGCUGCUGGUUGGAUUUCCAGCCGUGCCAUCCGCUGGAGAGGCUGCGUGGAAGAUUCUCGGUGUGACACCCAACAGAACCCAUCUGCUGGCUGAAGUUUUGAGCAGCUCUUGCUGCUCCUGCUCCUCCCAGCGAGCUGCUGGUUCCUGUUUGGAGGUGGCUGUGGCCCUCGUGGCCCAGUUCUGGUUUCGUAAGGAGAGCACUGGAAGCAGCAGGAAAAGGGGAGGAGGUUGUUGCACCACGUGGGUGUUGCAGCUUAACCAAGCCCUGGACUUGUUCAGGGCUAAGGCAGCCAGGGAAAUGCCAGGUUGUGACACCAAGGCAGCUGCAACACCCCAACAGUCUGUUAGUAAAUAUUAUUGCAACUCGGUAAUAGUAAUUCCCAGGAAAAUCGUUCCUUUUGAUUCUAUUUGACUUCUGAUUUUGAAAAGAGCUGAAUUACCAUAACUGUCCCUGAUGCUUACCUGAGUUAGCCAGUGUUUCACCAGUUCUCUACUCUGUAGGAACUGGGACCUGUGUUUCCAGAAAUUCUGUUUGGAAAGUGUAAAGGUGAUGGUUGGGGCACAGACUGAGGGUUCAGUGUUGAAGGUUUAGCAAUACGUGUCCAUCGGAGGAACCCAGGAAAGCUCAAAACCCCUUCACAAAUUGGAUUUUGAGCCGGGAACGUGUCUGGCCCCGAGGGAGAGGAGCCCCAUCCAGGGCUGGGGUGUGGAGGUGGCACCAAGUAAAGGAAUUACUGUCCUUGGGUGCUUUCUGCUCACCUCACCUGUGCCUCCUCCUGCUCCUCACAGCGCUGUCCCAGCCCUGCUGUCCCUGUCACACCCUCCCUGUGCCCUGUUCCCCCUUCCCCACUCUCAACUGGUGCUGUCCUGCACAUCCAGGAAGCUUCCCAGGAUUUGCUCUCUCCGUGGAGCCAGGAGAGGACAGCAAGUCUCUCUCUGCCUGUCUCAGGGCUCCCAGCACACCGAGCAUCCCUCAGCAAAGUCCCGGAGCUGCAGGCUCGGUCCCUGCCCUCGCUCCACGCCGCUGGGAUGGGGUUGGGAAUGCUCCAGGGAUCCCAGGGGAGAGGAUGGGCCCCGUGUUUACCCUCAGUGCUUGGUAGCGAGCACGCUGCACACAGCCAGGGCCAGCCUCCCUCUGUCCACCACAGGGACGGGGAAUGGCAGCGCUGGGUUGGGAUGGAGCAGGGAAUGGGCUGUGUGUGAGCAGCUGUCCCUCUGAGCUCACUGUGGCUGCUGUUAUUGGGGAACGGGGACGAGUCUAAAAUUUACCUCAGUGCCUUUUUUUUCCCUUAAGUGUGGAAACUUUGUUUGGGCUAAGGAGGAAGCUGUGCAGAGCCCUGGUCCCUCCUGUCCCCGCAGCACUGGUGUGACAAGGCCUCGUGUGCGGGGAGGGAUGAGGAACUGGAUUGUUUCUUUCUGGAAGGUGACUGCUUGGGAUUUUGGGGUUUUUUUUUUCCAGAUUUUGAGUAUGUUUGUUUCUAAACCUUAUGAGAGUUAACUGCAUCGCUUGGAGCCCUCGGCUGGUGUGAAAGGCACUUUCUGCCCAGCUCAGCUGCAGCUCCUGUUCUGGUCAGCAGUGAGGGUUUGCUCACAGGGCUCUGGUGCAGAAGAGCCUCCAGCUGUACUGUACUCUACACCCAACGACCUUUAACAACUGCUGGCAGCCACAGAGCAGCCUUGGCCACGCUCUGGGGCUGUUUGUCCAGCUACAAGCAGGCUUAGCACUUCACUAUUCACUUGUGGAGUCCUUUAAAUACCGUUGAUCUGGUGCUUUGAGCCUCGACAGCACCGUUUAAAUACUUCAGUUCCACCAUGGGGAAGAACGCUGUAAAAACCGCCAGUGGCUCUCAGAGGGAAGAGCCACGUGCUUGGCUUGAAAUCCCUUUUCUUUCUGGCUAAAAGUCGUGCAGGUUUCUUUUUUUUUUUUUUUAUUUUUCCAGUGAGUUUUGGUGAGUGUCCCCUCUCCCUUCCUGGCCUCAGCAUGUCUUUGACAGUUUGUAGAAGGCAUGGCUUCGUAUGCAAGCACUGUGGAUGCUGCUGAAAACCUCCUGCCACCAGCAGGACUCGCUCUUUUGGGUUUGUUUUUUUUUCAAUAUGAGGGGCAUUUGAAGAGUUGGUGGGUGCUGAAAUUCCAGUUCUCAUGGGUCAGUCGAGCUGUUUUUAGGAGUAUUUGCCUCUUCUUUAAGCGCAAAAUCCUGUUGGCAGUGCCUUUGGUUAGCAAUUGUCUCGCCUAGGUCGUGUGAGUUUAUUUUCCAUGGCUACUGUAAAACCUGUAAAAUAAUGUGUAUAGGAUGGAAUAGUAGAGCUUCUAUGGCAAAGUGAAAUGCAUUUUUGCAAUGCUGUAAUUUAUUUUUACUACUCCCUAGUGAUUCUAUGGCAUUUUUACAAAAUGUCUCACUCUCAGCUUUUUUUGAAGGUUCUGGAACUAUUUGUUCAUAGGCAGACAGUGUAAGAGACAAUGAUAAUAAAACUGUCAGUAAUUAAA